AUGUGCGUAUAUAAAAAUCUUGGAUUAUUCUUUUUGAUAACAGUUUUGGUUCAUGAUUCGUAUACUUUUGCGGAAAAUUCGGUAGUUCCAAAAAUUGAAAAUGUGACUGAAAACGCGAGUGCGCAAGUUGAACAGGUUGAAGCACGUGCGCAUGAUUCAAUGUCGCAAAGCGAUGAAUACAUUGUGAAUAAUCAGAGAGAUUGCAUGAAAACUCGAAGUCUGGUGUCAUGUUUAAGAUACAAAACGUCAAAGGUCAUUUGGAAGUUGGCCACCAAUGUUUUGGGCACUUUCCCGAAGGAGUAUAGUCGGGAGUUACGAGAGGAUAAACGUUUCAUACGCGUCAUACAAUUGGGUGAACCUUCAAGUAUACAACUUUUCAGCAAUGUACGCAGUUUGCAAGGCGAUAGUAAAUUGACAAGUUUCAUAAAAUUCUUCAAACGUGCUGCAGAAGUAUUUGGACGGAAUCAUGGCAUACAAUUGGCGCUACCAUCUGAAUUCGGUGCUCAUGUUAAUGAUGCUGAAGUUGAGGGGCGUUUCAAAAAAAGGAAACGUCAAAAAUGGCUAAUCAUAUUACCACUCAUUAUUCUCAUGAAAAUCGCUCAUUUAAAGAUGACAGCAGUGACACUAUUAUUAGGUGUACUCGGAUUGAAUGUACUGAUACUGGGUGCUGUUGGCUGGCUAAUUCACUAUCUUAAAUUUAAAACUUUAUGUAAAAUUCAUCCACAUUUAGUGCAGUCACAUUCUCAUGUCUAUGAUUCUGAUCCUUCUGAGUAUUCCUCAUUCGCUGGCAGUAGCUUUCCUGGUUCCUAUUACAGCUCUUCUGGCUCUAGUCCUCAUGAGGUUGGGUUCGGUAGUUACUCAAAAGAUUGGAGUAACAGGAAGGCUUAUAGCGGCUAUAAUUACUUGGAUACGAUAAGCAAGAAACUUCAAUAG